CAAGCCUUGGUCAGCGAGAAAGAGACCACACGCCAAAACACCGCCCCUCCCUGGACAACACUCAGAGCACCAGCGAGGGAUAACCCACUCCCUCGCCCGCCUCCAGGGAGGAGCUCGCCCUGAACCCUGCCGCCGCCGUCGCGUUAUUUUGAGCUCACAGGGCGCCUUGUCCUGGAAGCUGUGACGACAGAAGGCGCUAGCCGGUGCAAGCAGCGAAUACCUGGUAACCAUGCUGGCUGGAGCUGAUGAGAGUAGGAGUCCAACAAUAUCUGAAGGGCCACAGGUUCCCCCUUCCUGCUGUAUAUGGUGGCACCUGCGGAUGGAUGUGGAGUCAUCUGUUCCUUUUGGGCUAUAAGGCAGGUUUUCCCCUCUCCCCCCGCCACAGCACAGGGGUUAAAAUCCUGUGGCAAUCUUUAUUUACAAUGAAACUUGAAUCUUCAGAAUUCCAGUCCCUCUUCACGCCAGGACUGAACAGCAUUGCAGAAUUAUUUGACAAAGCAAAGUAUGAACUAAGAAUAGCAGGUGGUGCUGUUAGAGACUUACUCAGUGGAAUGAAACCACAGGAUAUUGACUUUGCCACCACUGCCACUCCUAUUCAGAUGAAGGAAAUGCUCCAGGCUGCAGGUGUCCGAAUGAUCAACAGCAGAGGAGAAAAACAUGGAACCAUCACUGCCAGGCUCCAUCAGGAGAACUUUGAAAUUACCACACUUAGAAUUGACCUGGUUACUGAUGGGAGACAUGCAGAAGUGGAAUUCACAACUGACUGGGAAAAAGAUGCUGAGAGGAGAGAUCUCACAAUCAAUUCUAUGUUCUUAGGCUUGGAUGGAACACUUUAUGAUUAUUUCAAUGGCUAUGAUGAUUUAAAAAACAACAGGGUCAGAUUUGUAGGACAUGCAAACCAGAGAAUACAAGAGGAUUACUUAAGAAUUCUACGAUACUUCAGAUUUUAUGGGCGUAUUGCAGAAAAGCCUGGUGACCAUGACUCUAAAACUCUGGAAGCAAUCAAAGAAAAUGCCAAAGGUUUGGCUGGAAUAUCGGGCGAGAGGAUCUGGAUGGAGCUGAAAAAAAUUCUCGUUGGGAACCAUGUUAAUAACCUCAUCCGGCUUAUGUAUGAGCUUGAUGUGGCUGGCUAUAUAGGAUUACCUAUAAAUGGGAGCUUACAGGAGUUUGACACAGUCUGUAAAAAUGUUCAGAAUCUCUUUCCAAAUCCAAUGACCGUUCUAACAUCACUAUUAAAGGUGCCAGAUGACAUCUUGAAAGUGGAUUUAAGGCUGAAAAUUUCAAAAGAUGAAAAAAACCUUGGGUUGUUUUUACUGAAGCACAGGAGAGACUUGGUCAAAGCUACUGAUACCGCAGAACCACUCAAACCAUAUCAAGACUUCAUUAUAGAUUCAAGGGAGGUUGACACAGCAUCCAGAAUCUGUGAGCUUCUGAAGUACCAAGGGGAAGAACUUCUUCUGAAAGAAAUGCAACAGUGGUCUGUUCCUACUUUUCCUGUAAGUGGCCAUGACCUAAGGAAAAUGGGAAUUUCAUCUGGGAAAGAAAUUGGAAUACUCUUACAGCAGUUACGGGAUAAAUGGAAAAACAGUGGAUACCAAAUGGAUAAGGAAGAACUAUUAAGCUAUGUAAACAAGGUAUAACAAUUGUGAUUAAAAAUGUAAAUUUAGUGCAUAAAAUUGUAUCAAACUCUGCAUGUAAUUAUUUUACUCACCAUGGUAAUCUGUUUUCAAGGUUUUUUGAAAUCCAUCAGGAUUAUUAUUUUUGGUGAUUCUUAUUUUUUUACAAUUAAAAUGCAAAAUGUUUCACAAGCAACUCUUUGUGUCCUUGUGGUAAUGUAUAAUUAUGUUUACCAAGUCAAGGAAUGUAUUCUGUAUAUUUUUACUGAACUAUUAAAGAUAGCGUGGUGCUAAGUUCAAGUUGUGAUGACCUACAGAUUUAUUUAUUUUGCUGUAGAGCAGUGAUUCCUAACGUGGGUGGUAGUGCCCUCCUGAGGGGCAUUACAGCCUUUCAGGGGGGCGUUGGCAUGACUACAAACUUUAGGGGGGCGUUGGCAUUUGGUGGUCUGAUGCAACAGUUGAAGCAUUUAAGUUUAAUUUUAUUUAAUACACAAAUCAUUAAUUUUUAAACUGUUUUGUCCCCCGUUAGAAUGUAUUUAAUAGUCUCAAUUCAUGGAAAUAACACUAUAAAUAGUGUGUGCUCUUUAGUAAAGAAAUUCUGAAUAGCGUCCAGUGUCAUAUCAAGGAAUGGGGAUAUUAGCCAUGCCCUGGCACUAGGUAAUGUUCCCAUGCUGUCUUGAGGGAUGUUGGAACCAAUCACGAGAGAGUGUUUGAUAAGCUGGGUGUAUUGGUGGAGGGCGCAUUCUUCCAACGGAUGAGUGCCGUGUGCAAACGGGUGACGCAAUCAGUUAUUCGCUGGUUUUCUUCAGGAAUGGGACACACUUGCUACCUGUUGUUUCUGUGAUGUUUAAAUGAAUUUGUUUAACGAAACAAUGCCGGUAAACUGAUUGCAUACUAGUGAAGAAUCGAAACCGUUUGGAUAUUGUUAGUCGUGGUGACUUAAGACUAUUACUAUACAAGUAUACUCCAGAUAUUGUGAAGUUAGCCAAAACUCAUCGAGCUCAAGGAUCACACUAGUAUUUUAUAAUAAAUCUCAUUUUAUUUACUUUUCUAUAACUAUGUA